AUUUUUGCGCAUUCCAUUAUCCCACUGAGUAACUAUAAACUAUACCCACGUGAAUGGUAAUGCUGCUUCUUCGGACAAGAGGAAGGACACGAGGCACAUGGCUGUCCUCCUAUAUUAUUAAUUCUUGCUCUUUCUUAAAAUUUGCAUCUACAGUAAAGGUUACCCAGAGAGACCCAAACCCGUCUCCUUCCCACAGACGCCAGCCGCGAGUUUACUUACUUAAUCACUACAAGGAGCCCUUCGUGUCUUUGGAGGAAGGACUCAGAGCUCUCAGAGCUUAUUCUUUAUUUAGACCAGAGACGGUGGAGAUCAGUCUUAAAUUCAACUUGAAAGGUCAAAAUCAGAUCAGAGGCACUAUAGUAUUCCCACACUACUUUGGCGGAAAAUCAAAAAUUUUAGUUUUUGCUGAGGAUUCUGCAGCAACUUCAGCUAAAGAAGCUGGCGCCAGUGUAAUUGGUGGACUCGAAUUAAUAAAGGAAAUAGAAACAACAGAUGUCGUCCCUGAUUGCCAUGUUAUCCUCUCGACUCCUUCUAUGCUGGAAGAAGUAAAGAAGAUAGCGAGAAUACUCAAAACAAAGAUGCCCUCUGAGAGAAGAGGGACUGUAGUUGAAGAUAUACCUAAAGCCAUGGAACAAUUUGCACACACUAAAGCAUAUCGGAGCAUUGAUGGCAUACUCAACAUAGGUAUUGGUGAGAUAAAUUUUCCCAAUGUUAAAAUUAGAGAAAAUCUUGAUGCGUUGAUGAAUUUGGUUCUAAGUCAGAGAGAAAAAGUUAAAAAAAAGGAUUUCAUUAAAAAGAUAACUUUAAGUACAACAUAUGGACCAGGAUUUGAUCUACUCAUUGACAAUAUAAUCAAUAUUAAAGACUAGAUUAGUUAUUCAUAAUACUUAUAAUGAUUAAUGUCUUGAAUAAACUGGUUUACACACAUACUCAAGCAAAUUACUACGGAAUUCUAAUUCCCGUCUUUGUAUGUACAAAUGACAACUUAA